CACUUCCUCCUGGGCCACCGCCGCCGACUUAAACUUUGGAGGGGGAAAAAGAGCUACCCGCUCCUGGCGACCCUCCCUGCCCCCCACCCCACCCCGCUGCCGGCAACGCCCCCUUCCUCACGGCUCCCGACUGAACUUUUCUCCAACUUCCGCGACCCGUGAGAUUCCCUGUUACCUACCCCGGCCCUCGGGACCCCUCUGCCCAUCCCCGGGCUGGUCGGGGUUCUUCCUGCGAACCCCUUUAUCUCUGGGAUCCACUCGGUCCCCGACUCAGAGGCUUCUGUCCUCCACCCCCAAGGACCCCGCCAUCCUCAGGUCCCCGCCGCCUGCCAGAUCUCUUCUAGGGUCCCCGCGCUCCCGCCACCUGCUCACGAGAUCCCGCGGAUCUAGGACCCGUGGUCCCCCGGGGCCCCCCAGCCGGGUCCCGGGUGGGCGCCGGGCGGCCAGUCCCGGGCCUCCCCGCAUGGCCGCCGCCCCCUCUUAUCCCGCGGGGCUCCCUGGCUCUCCCGGGCCGGGGUCUCCUCCGCCCCCCGGCGGCCUAGAGCUGCAGUCGCCGCCACCGCUACUGCCCCAAAUCCCGGCCCCGGGCUCCGGGGUCUCCUUUCACAUCCAGAUCGGACUGACCCGCGAGUUCGUGCUGUUGCCCGCCGCCUCUGAGCUGGCUCAUGUGAAGCAGCUGGCCUGUUCCAUCGUGGACCAGAAGUUCCCUGAGUGUGGCUUCUACGGCCUUUACGACAAGAUCCUGCUUUUCAAACAUGACCCCACGUCGGCCAACCUUCUGCAGCUGGUGCGCUCGGCCGGAGACAUCCAGGAGGGCGACCUGGUGGAGGUGGUGCUGUCGGCCUCGGCCACCUUCGAGGACUUCCAGAUCCGCCCGCACGCCCUCACGGUGCACUCCUACCGGGCGCCUGCCUUCUGUGAUCACUGCGGGGAGAUGCUCUUCGGCCUAGUGCGCCAGGGCCUCAAGUGCGAUGGCUGCGGGCUGAACUACCACAAGCGCUGCGCCUUCAGCAUCCCGAACAACUGCAGCGGGGCCCGCAAACGGCGCCUGUCAUCCACGUCUCUGGCCAGUGGUCACUCAGUGCGCCUAGGCACCUCCGAGUCCCUGCCCUGCACGGCUGAUGAGCUGAGCCGCAGCACCACCGAACUCUUGCCUCGCCGCCCCCCGUCAUCCUCCUCCUCCUCUUCUGCCUCAUCCUACACGGGCCGCCCUAUUGAGCUGGACAAGAUGCUGCUCUCCAAGGUCAAGGUGCCACAUACCUUCCUCAUCCACAGCUACACACGGCCCACCGUUUGCCAGGCUUGCAAGAAACUCCUCAAGGGCCUCUUCCGGCAGGGCCUGCAAUGCAAAGACUGCAAGUUUAACUGUCACAAACGCUGCGCCACCCGUGUCCCUAAUGACUGCCUGGGGGAGGCCCUCAUCAAUGGAGAUGUGCCAAUGGAGGAGGCCACGGAUUUCAGCGAGGCUGACAAGGGCACCCUCAUGGAUGAGUCGGAGGACGCUGGUGUGAUUCCAGGCUCCCACUCGGAGAAUGCGCUCCACGCCAGUGAGGAGGAGGAAGGCGAGGGAGGCAAGGCCCAGAGCUCCCUGGGGUACAUCCCCCUAAUGAGGGUGGUGCAAUCGGUGCGACACACGACACGGAAAUCCAGCACCACGCUGCGGGAGGGCUGGGUGGUUCAUUACAGCAACAAGGACACGCUGAGAAAGCGGCACUAUUGGCGCCUGGACUGCAAGUGCAUCACCCUCUUCCAGAACAACACGACCAACAGAUACUAUAAGGAAAUUCCACUGUCAGAAAUCCUUACGGUGGAGCCUGCCCAGAACUUCAGCCUUGUGCCACCGGGCACCAACCCACACUGCUUUGAGAUCAUCACUGCCAAUGCCACCUACUUCGUGGGCGAGAUGCCUGGCGGGGCUCCGGGUGGGCCAAGUGGGCAGGGGGCCGAGGCUGCCCGGGGCUGGGAGACAGCCAUCCGCCAGGCCUUGAUGCCCGUCAUCCUUCAGGAUGCACCCAGCGCCCCAGGCCACGCACCCCACAGACAAGCUUCUCUGAGCAUCUCUGUGUCCAACAGUCAGAUCCAAGAGAAUGUGGACAUUGCCACCGUCUACCAGAUCUUCCCUGACGAAGUGCUGGGCUCAGGGCAGUUUGGAGUGGUGUAUGGAGGAAAGCACCGGAAGACAGGCCGGGACGUGGCAGUUAAGGUCAUUGACAAACUGCGCUUCCCCACCAAGCAGGAGAGCCAGCUCCGGAACGAGGUGGCCAUUCUGCAGAGCCUGCGGCACCCCGGGAUCGUGAACCUGGAGUGCAUGUUCGAGACGCCUGAGAAAGUAUUUGUGGUGAUGGAGAAGCUGCAUGGGGACAUGUUGGAGAUGAUCCUCUCCAGCGAGAAGGGCCGGCUGCCUGAGCGCCUUACCAAGUUCCUCAUCACUCAGGUGCGCGAGGCCUGCCAGCUGCCACCCGCCCCUCCCCAUCAGGUGUCAGCUUGGAGAGGCCCUGCAUGCCUAGGAGGCCAGGCAGACACUGGCGGGAGUCACAGUAGCAGAUCCAAGGUGCCUUGGAUUCAAACCAGUAUUCAGCUUUCUUUGGAAUAUCAAGGAGGGUGGCGCAGUGGGGAUGCUGGGGCAGGUUCGGCUCCAUCACCCGCUAGACCCGCCACCCCUCGCCCUCUGCAGGUGAAGCUGUGUGACUUUGGCUUUGCGCGCAUCAUCGGUGAGAAGUCGUUCCGCCGCUCCGUGGUGGGCACGCCGGCCUACCUGGCGCCCGAAGUGCUGCUCAACCAGGGCUACAACCGCUCGCUGGACAUGUGGUCGGUGGGCGUGAUCAUGUACGUCAGCCUCAGCGGCACGUUCCCUUUCAACGAGGACGAAGACAUCAAUGACCAGAUCCAGAAUGCCGCCUUCAUGUACCCGGCUACCCCCUGGAGCCACAUCUCAGCUGGAGCCAUCGACCUCAUCAACAACCUGCUGCAGGUGAAGAUGCGCAAACGCUACAGUGUGGACAAAUCUCUCAGCCAUCCCUGGUUACAGGAGUACCAGACGUGGCUGGAUCUCCGAGAACUGGAGGGGAAGAUGGGCGAGCGAUACAUCACGCACGAGAGUGACGACGCGCGCUGGGAGCAGUUUGUGGCAGAACAUCCGCUGCCCGGGUCCGGGCCACCCACGGACAGGGAUUUCGCUGGGGCCCAUCCACCACAGGACCAUGACAUGCAGGGGCUGACAGAGCGCAUCAGCGUCCUCUGAGGCCCUGUGCCCUCGUCUGGCGGCUGCCCUCCACAGCAGCUCUUCAGAGGAUCCCAGCAAUGAACUGUUGUAGGGAAAGUGGCUUCCUGUCUAAACUGGAUGGGACACGUGGAGUGGGGGGAGGGAGCUAUUUCUAAGGCCCCUCCCUGUCUCCCCAGCAAUUAAAACGGACUCAUCUCUGGCCCCAUGGCCUUGGUCUCCAGAGCACA